GAAAAAAUCCUCCCCGACGCGCUUCGGUCGCUUCUGCAGACCCGAAAUAUAUAUAUAAAUAUAUAUAUAUAUAUAUAAAAAAGGGGGGGGAUUUAUGCAGCGCGUUUUAACGUCUUUCUGAUGUAACACAAGCCCCAUUUUAAAAAUAUGUGUAUUAGUUAGUGUGUUCGGUGAGAAACCGCGGAGAAGAAUCCGGGUCUUUAGCCGCGUUGCUAAUCCGCUGCUCGGUGUCGGUGUUAUUCAGGACACUCGCCUUUGUCUGGAGAAAAUAUAGAUAAUACAGCAACGUGGGACAUUCAGGUCCCCAGAACCCGUCCUCUCUGCUUGUUCGUGUCGGAUUCAGUUGAAGACUUUAUUUACGAGUUUGUUUGUUUGUUUAUUUGUGUCUAAUCGGCGGUGAAACAUGUCGCUGCACGGUAAGAGGAAAGAGAUUUAUAAAUACGAGGCUCCGUGGACGGUUUACGCCAUGAACUGGAGCGUCCGGCCUGAUAAACGCUUUCGGCUGGCUUUGGGCAGCUUCGUGGAGGAAUAUAACAACAAGGUGCAGCUCGUGGGUCUGGAUGAGGAGAGCAGCGAGUUUGUGUGCAGGAACACGUUCGAUCAUCCGUACCCCACCACCAAGAUCAUGUGGAUCCCGGACACCAAGGGCGUUUACCCGGACCUGCUGGCUACCAGCGGAGAUUACCUUCGCAUCUGGAGGGUGAACGACACAGAGACGCGUCUCGAGUGCCUCCUCAACAACAACAAGAACUCGGACUUCUGUGCUCCUCUGACGUCUUUCGACUGGAACGAGGUGGAUCCGAACCUCCUGGGCACCUCCAGUAUCGACACCACCUGCACGAUCUGGGGCUUGGAGACAGGACAGGUGCUGGGGAGAGUCAAUCAGGUGUCGGGACACGUCAAGACCCAGCUCAUCGCCCAUGACAAAGAGGUGUACGACAUCGCGUUCAGCCGUGCAGGCGGAGGCCGCGACAUGUUUGCGUCGGUCGGAGCGGACGGCUCGGUGCGCAUGUUCGACCUCCGUCACCUGGAGCACAGCACCAUCAUCUAUGAGGAUCCUCAGCACCACCCACUGCUCCGCCUCUGCUGGAACAAGCAGGACCCCAACUACCUGGCUACCAUGGCGAUGGACGGCAUGGAGGUGGUCAUUCUGGAUGUGCGUGUGCCGUGCACGCCUGUGGCUCGGCUGAACAACCACCGCGCCUGUGUAAACGGCAUCGCCUGGGCCCCUCACUCCUCCUGCCACAUCUGUACUGCAGCGGACGACCACCAGGCCCUGAUCUGGGACAUCCAGCAGAUGCCGCGCGCCAUCGAGGACCCGAUCCUGGCCUACACAGCCGAGGGCGAGAUCAACAACGUGCAGUGGGCUUCCACUCAGCCCGACUGGAUCGCCAUCUGCUACAACAACUGCCUGGAGAUCCUGCGUGUUUAACAGCUCCGCCGAGGCCGCCGCUGCUGCUGACCCGAGCUCUCCCACCAACACCACCACCACCGAGAGCGGGGACAGUCCCAGCGAGAGCCACAACAACGGUGCCGCAGCCGGACCCGGACCCGGACCUGGAGCUGGGGUCUGGUUCCUGUGCUGCUGCAAAGGAGUGGAGAUGGCAGGAGGACUCGGCUAACGGACAGGAUUCUGGGGAGAUGUGUGUGUGUGUGUGUGUGUGUGCGCGCGUGCGAGAAUGUGUUUAUAGGUGCGUACAUGAGUGUGUGUGUGUGUGUGUGUGUGUGUUUAUUUCAUUUGUAUGUGUUGAAGUGUUUGUGUUAGAGCCGCUUGGAUCCUCUGUUUUUGGUUUGCAGUGUAGUUAUUCUGCGAUGACGUGUGUAGAUAUUUCUGCAUCCAGAGACCAGAGGGAUUUUGUUUAUUUGUUUGUUUUUGUAAAAAAAAAAAAAAAAACAACAACCCUCAAGUAGAAAAUGAAGACUAGUUACCCAGCAGCAGGAGCACUGAUCUGAGCUUCAACUCAGAACGACGCUUACUUUUAAUUAGCUUCAAAUAAAACGCAGAUGCAAAAAAAAAAGAAAGAAAAGAAAAGGCGGCGUGUUUUGCGUUGGAGGUUCUGAUGGAAUUUUACUCCCGAGCGCACGCCGUGACUCCGGCACGCUGGUUGUUUUUAUAGUUACCGUAUUUUAACCAACACGGUGCCGACGCUCCAACUUUCCUAAAGAUAUUUCAUUUAACGUAAAAAAAAAAAAAACGAAAGCGACGUCGUACCACGCAGGCGAGAACCGCGUGCGCCGAGCGAAGUACGGUUAUCUCUUCCCCUGUUAGCGAUCAUCAAAACCUCUCACGUAACGUCGUCCAUAUUUAAACGCCGAUCACAGACGUAGCUUGUUCGGUUUGUCGUCAUAGCAACACAAUCGCUCAUAAUCUCCACGGGUCACCGGUCGCGUUCAGUGCCGGAACUGACCCUGAUUCGACAGGCUCCGGAGGCGGCACCGUUCGGAGGAGGUUCAUAUCAGAGUCGGCGAUACUCUCCCAAUUUAAAAACCCGAAACCCGCCGUUCAGAAUUUCACUCCUUUUUGUUUGUUUUUUUUUUUUUUAUUAUUUUUUUUAAGCAUGUUUGUGCUCGAUGUGAGAGAUGUACAUACGUAUAAUAUAAAUAUUACAGAUAAGCUAGGGGCAAGCGUUCGUGUCGUAAUACCUGUUUUGCGUACGGAUUCGCCGUCGUUUGCGGCCUGCCCACGAACACGUAGAGCUGUGAUGCAGGUUCACGGUCAACGGUGCGCUCGCUGUUUCAGACCGGACCGGACCGGACCGUCUCCUCUGAAAGAGUGUGUAUGUGAUUUACAUCUGUGUGCCCAAUUGCAAUGUUUUUUCUAUCAAUAAACUCGCAUUGUUCUUCCA